AUGGCAUUUCGGUUCAAUUGGCCAGACUUUGAUGCUGAUUUCUGUAAUGAAGCCAAAGCACAAUUGGAAACAGCCUUAAAUAAAGGUACCAAACCUCGCAAUAUUGUGGAUCAUAUAUCUGUGACCCAAUUAAAUAUGGGUACUACCGCGCCUGACUUGGAAAUAUUAGAGGUAGGUGAACUCUCUACAGACAAAUUUCGUGGCAUGUUCAAGUUGACUUAUGCAGGCGAUGCCUCUCUUGUCAUCCAAACCAAAGUUCAAGCAAAUCCGAUGCACAAAAAGUCUGAUUUACCCCGACACACUCGCCCGGUACUAGCAGCAGAUCAACCAUUGAUUGUGCCAAUACUGCUAAGCAUCAGCGAAUUAAAACUGACUGGAAUUAUCGUAUUGGUAGUAUCAGGAACCAAGGGAAUUACACUGGUGUUUAAAAAUGACCCAUUCACCAGUAUCAAGGUAGGAUCCACCUUUGAUAGUGUAACCAGUGUACGUAGUUACUUGCAACGUGAAAUUGAAGAACAGUUAAGAGUGUUGUUGAGAGAGGAUUUACCCAGUAUGAUUCAUAACCUGAGCAAACGUCACUUGCAAAAGAAA